ACAGAAGGCGGAGGAGGAAGAGAAGGGUGGGCAUGCGUGUUUGGGAAUGCCGUCGUCGCCGGGCGGGCGGUGUUUUUUUUUUCCGCUCGCUUCCCCGUCGCUCCUCGGUGUUGUUUAACGGUGCCAGCUAACGGGGCGAUUCCUCUGUGGCGUGUUUACUGCAAAGCGACUUUCGUGUGGGGAUGCUAGCGAGAAAAUGAACAACAAUGCCCGCCUUCCCUUCCCGGGUCUGCUCGGCGACUUCGGCGUCUCCUGAGCUCGUUGUGGCUAGCAUGUUUUUUUGCCUGUCAAAUUAGCUCCUGGUUUGCUAAAUGCGCUUAAAUACCUCCACCGCCUUGUCUUAUUUUUAACAUUAAAGUCUUCAUUUUCAGCCUGUGUGGAUUUAAAAUGUGUAAAGGAAGAAAUGAAGUGGCGGUAGAAGGCUUCCUGUGAGAUAUUCCCCCGCACACACCCGUAGUCAUGACCGGUGUGUGGAGCAGUAGAGUCGGGCGAAACUAGAUGACUGCUAGCGGAACAGUCAGCGGGGCUUUCGGUAUUUGGAUGAUCGUGACGCCGAGGAGGAGCUGAUCGGCUCGGCUAAACGCAGUCAGCAUGGGGGAGCCCAGCCUGGACGACUCCAACGUCAAGGUGGCGGUCCGCGUUCGGCCCAUGAACAGGAGAGAAAAGGAAUUAAACACAAAGUGCGUGGUGGAGAUGGUGAAGAAUCAGACCGUCCUCCAUCCUUCAUUGGGCAACUUGGGCAAGGGCGACUCCAGGAAUCAGUCCAAGGUUUUUGCCUACGACUACUGCUUUUGGUCCAUGGAUGAAUCGGACAAAGAGAAAUUCGCUGGUCAGGAGGUGGUUUUUCAGUGCCUUGGGGAGAGUCUUCUUCAUAACGCCUUCCUUGGCUACAAUGCCUGUAUCUUUGCCUAUGGACAAACUGGUUCCGGAAAGUCCUACACUAUGAUGGGUUCGGGGGACCAGCCGGGCCUCAUCCCUCGACUUUGUAGCGCUUUGUUUGACCGCACGCAGAAGGAGCAGCGUGAGCAGGAGAAGUUCACUGUGGAGGUCUCCUACAUGGAGAUCUACAACGAAAAGGUCCGCGAUCUGCUGGACCCCAAAGGGGGCAGACAAACGCUGAGAGUGAGAGAACAUAAAGUGUUGGGUCCAUACGUGGACGGCCUCUCACGGCUAGCUGUGGCUAGCUACAAGGACAUCGAGGUGCUGAUGUCAGAGGGCAAUAAAUCUCGCACCGUCGCUGCCACAAACAUGAACGAGGAGAGCAGUCGAUCGCACGGCGUAUUCAACAUAAUUCUGACGCACACCAUGACGGAUGUCCAGUCUGGGACAAGCGGUGAGAAAGUGAGUCGGCUGAGUCUGGUGGACUUGGCUGGAAGUGAGCGAGCAGCAAAAACCGGAGCGGCGGGAGAGCGUCUCAAGGAGGGAAGCAACAUCAAUAAGUCGCUGACUACACUCGGCCUGGUGAUCUCCGCUCUGGCAGAGCAAGGAACCGCCAAGAACAAGACCAAGUUUGUUCCUUACAGAGACUCUGUUCUGACAUGGUUGCUGAAGGACUGCCUCGGCGGGAAUAGCCGCACGGCGAUGGUGGCAACGGUGAGCCCGGCGGCCGACAACUACGAGGAGACGCUGUCCACGCUGCGCUACGCCGACCGGGCCAAGAGCAUCGUCAACCACGCCGUCGUCAACGAGGAUCCCAACGCUCGCAUCAUCCGGGAGCUGCGCGAGGAGGUGGAAAAGCUGCGAGUCCAGCUCACUCAAGCCGAGUCUUUGAAAGCUCCUGAGCUCAAGGAGCGCCUGGAAGAGUCUGAGAAGUUGAUUCACGAGAUGACCAUCACGUGGGAGGAUAAGCUUCGCAAAACGGAGGAGGUUGCACAGGAGCGUCAGAAGCAGCUGGAGAGUCUGGGCAUUUCCCUCCAGUCGUCGGGCAUUAAAGUUGGCGACGAUAAGAGCUUUCUGGUCAACCUGAAUGCAGACCCGGCGCUCAAUGAACUGCUAGUGUACUAUUUAAAGGAGGACCACACCCAGGUGGGCUCGGCAGACUCGCAGGACAUCCAGCUGUGUGGCAUGGGCAUCCAGGCCGAGCACUGCGUUAUUGACAUCAACGCCGACGGCGCCGUCAUCCUCACCCCAUUCCCCAACGCUCGGACGUGUGUAAACGGCUCUCCGGCCACCUGUGCGCUGAUGCUUCACCACGGCGACCGAAUCCUCUGGGGAAACAACCAUUUCUUCAGGAUAAACCUCCCCAAGCGGCGCGCUCGAACCGCCGAGGACGAGGAGGGUGAUGGCAGCGUGAUGAAGAAGAGCGGCAGCAGCGAGCAGCUGGAUGCGGACGGUGACUCGGCCAGUGAAGUGUCCAGCGAGGUCAGCUUCUCCUACGAGUUCGCUCAGACCGAAGUCAUGAUGAAGGCUCUGGGCAACAAUGACCCCAUGCAGAGCGUCCUGCAGUCCCUGGAGAGGCAGCAUGAAGAGGAGAAACGCUCGGCCCUGGAGCGCCAGAGGCAGAUGUACGAGCAGGAGCUCCAGCAGCUCCGUCGCAAGCUCAAUCCGGACCGCCUGUCAGCGGGGCCCCCGGGACCCCUGGUGCUUGGUCAAGCCGGCGCCAGCCAGCAGUCUCACUACCGCAGCAUGGAGAGGCUCAGCGUGGGAGGCAUGAGCCACUCCAGCAGUGCUCAGAGCAGACUGAGACAGUGGAGUGAGGACAGGGAGGCUGUGUUGGUGAGGAGCUUGAGGCGGCUGCGCGAGCAAAUAGUGAGAGCCAACCUCCUAGUGCAAGAGGCCUGCUUCAUCGCCGACGAGCUGGAACGCCACACAGAGUACCGAGUCACCUUACAGAUCCCCUCAGACAACCUCAAUGCCAAUCGCAAGAGAGAUGCGGUGCUCAGCGAACCCGCCAUUCAGGUGCGACGUCGCUGCCGUGGCAAGCAAAUCUGGAGCUUGGAGAAGACUGAGAACCGCCUAGUGGACAUGAGGGAGCUCUACCAGGAGUGGCAGGACUAUCACCUGCACGACAACGACAACCCGGGGAUGCGCUCGUACUUUCGCCGGGCCGACCCCUUCUUUGAUGAGCAAGAGAACCACAGCCUGAUCGGAGUGGCCAAUGUCUUCCUGUCCUGCCUUUUCUACGACGUCAAACUGCAGUACGCUGUGCCCAUCAUCAACCAGAAAGGAGAGGUGGCUGGGCGUCUCCAUGUGGAGGUGGUGAGGGUUGGUGGGGCUCUCGAGGACAACAUCGCCGGAGGAGACGAUCCUGACCACAACCCAGAUUCUGAAAUUCAGGACCGCAAACUUGUCUGUAUGAUUAAAAUCCUGCAGGCCACUGGUCUCCCCCAGUACCUGUCCAACUUCGUCUUCUGCCAAUACUCCUUCUGGGACCAGCCCGAGCCAAUCAUCGUGGCCCCCGAGGUGGACCCCUUGUCAUCGUCGCCGGGCACAAAGGACCCCCACUGCAUGGUGGUGUUCGACAGCUGCAAGGAAUUGGCCGUGUCUGUGUCGGAGGAUUUCAUCGAAUACUUGACGGAAGGUGCCGUGGCCAUUGAGGUGUUCGGACACAGGCAGGCUGAUGCGGGCAGGAACCCGGCCCUGUGGGACCUCAGCAUCAUCCAGGCCAAAACACGCACGCUGCGAGACAGGUGGAGCGAGGUAACGCGCCGGCUGGAACUCUGGAUCCAAAUCCUGGAGAUUAACGAGAACGGAGACUUUGUCCCGGUUGAAGUCAUUCCCGGUCGAGAUGUCAACACCGGCGGAAUCUUUCAGCUUCGACAAGGUCAAGCAAGGAGAAUCCAGGUGGACGUGCGCUCCGUUCAGGACUCGGGCACCAUGCCGCUCAUAUCAGAGAUCGUGCUGGCUGUGUCGGUGGGCUGUGUGGAGAUUACACCCACCAUCAGCAGCUCAGAGGGAGACGAGAUGGACAGUUAUCAGGAGAGAGACCUGGAACGUUUGCGGCGUCAAUGGUUGGCAGCGCUCACCAAGAGGCAGGAGUACUUGGACCAGCACCUACAAAGUCUGGUCAGCAAAGCAGAAAAAACAGAGGACGACAUGGAGAGGGAAGCUCAGCUGCUGGAAUGGCGCUUGACGCUGACGGAAGAACGAAACGCCGUCAUGGUGCCCUCUGCAGGCAGCGGCAUUCCAGGAGCACCUGCGGAAUGGGUUCCACUUCCGGGCAUGGAGACUCACAUUCCGGUCCUCUUUCUCAACCUUAAACCUGACGACCUGAGCUCUCAGGACCAGUUUGAGGUUCCCGACGCUGGAGGCUGGGACGCCACGCUGAGCGGCGAAGACGAGGAUGACUUCUUCGACCUGCAGAUUGUCAGACACUACGACGGCGAAGUAAAAGCGGAGGCGUCGUGGGACUCCACAGUCCACGAGUGCCCGCAGCUGAGCCGCGGGGGAGCUUGGCCCGACAGCCGGGUGUACCUCACCGUGCGCGUGGUAGUGCAGCUCAGCCACCCGGCCGACAUGCAGCUGGUGCUAAGGAAGAGAAUCUGUGUUAACGUCAACCCCGGGCGCCAGGGCUUCGCGCACAAUUUCCUCAGGAGGAUGUCCACGCGCAGCACCAUCCCUGGAUGUGGCGUCACCUUUGAGGUGGUCUCCAACAUCCCAGGGGACGCUCCCGGAUCAGAGGACAGAGAGAUGCUGGCCCGCCUCGCCGCCAGUGCUCACAGCAGCGAGUCGGCCGACGACGAAGCCGCCAUCGAGAAGUACCUCCGUAGUGUGCUCAGUCUCGAGAACAUCCUCACUCUGGACCGCCUCAGACAGGAGGUGACAGUGAAGGAGCAACUGGCUGCAAGAGGAAGAAGCAACCGGCGGAGUCUCAGUUCUCCAUCUGUUAACAGUGUACUUCAACUAUCUGGAAGUAGACAAGACUUGUCCACCACCUGCCUGCUUGAGGAUAAGGGUCGCUGGGAGAGUCAGCAGGACAUCUUCAUGCCGUCUGCGUACCAUCGCACGCUACCGCGCCCGGCCUCGUCUCCCUCCACCUACUGCCCCACGUCGCCGCCGCCGCCGCCUUCCUCGACCGCUGUCACCUCGCCACACAACCAGGAGCCAGAGCAAGGUCGUUCAGGACUUGCUGCCUCUUAUCUUUCAGUGAAGGCGCUGGUUCCGCAGAUGCCCAAACUGCUCAAGUCUCUGUUUCCGGCACGCGAUGAUAAGAAGGAGCUGAGACCGUCGCAGCACGGCCAACAGCACAUGCCGCGCAUCAUGUCGCCACCAGGGGGGGACGAAUACAGAGUCAAGGUGGACACGGCCGCCCGCCUCCCGCCAGCGCCGGCCAGAGAGCGGCGCCCCGACCCGACCGACGCCCCCCCUCUUCUCGUGCAUGACCCGCAUGACAACACCCCCCUCAGCCCGCUCAGCCAGUCGUCCAGCGGCUACUUCUCGGCCAGCGUCUCCACGGCGACCCUGUCCGACGUCCUGCAACCCUCCUCCUCGUCCUCCUCCCUCCUCCUCGCCGCGGACACCGCGCUAGCUGGCAAUCACGAGGGCGUGACUGCACGCCACUUCCUCUCUGAACAGAAGCCGCCCGACGACCCGGCCGUGCCCGCCUGGCUUACGGAUGGCGCCCACGUGGCCGUCGGGAGCAGCAAGGCGGGCACCGUGCGCUACGUUGGAGCUGCGCACUUUGGCGAAGGCGUGUGGGUGGGCGUGGAGCUGGACUCCCCCACAGGCAAACACGACGGCUGCGUGGGCGCCCACCGCUACUUCCAAUGUCGGCCCGCGCACGGCGUGCUGGUUCGGCCGGACCGCCUGACGUCCCGCCACAAUCGGCGCGGACCCCCGGAACUCGCCGCCCGCGUUCCCGUCAUCAGAGGGGAGAACCGCAAGUCCUGGAGCAGCUGAGACCAGGAACCCGGAGACGCUGAAAAUUUGGGCGAGGAAAUGUCCCGCUCGCCUCCAUUUUCUCACCAGGAAAAGAGAGAGCUUUUCAGUUAGCUUUUUAGCCAUUUUUUUGCAUUUCUAGCCAGAAUUCCUCUCGCUGUUUCCCGGUCUGCGUGCGAGGCCGUCUCAGGGACUGCAGGGGGGGGGGGGGGCGCAUAUAUUUGUGUGCAAUAAGUCAGCUUUUCGGCUCCAUGUUGACGUCAAGGAUGAUGCACGGAGCCGGUCGUAUCGGUCGAGUAAGUGCAUCUUAUUUUGAAAAGACUUAUUUAGGCGGGACCAGCUUCCUGUCUUAGUAUUGUUGGGGGGAGCGAGCUGGCAUGCACUUCUUAGUGAACAUUCCAGAGACGUUCGCAACAAAAGGCAACUUCCUCAAGCGACGAAGUUGCAUCGCGGGAGAUGCGCCAUCCAUUUGUCGGCCUCACAACACAACGCAAAGCUUGCGUUCAACAAGUCGUUUGUUGGUUUGAAUCUGUCAUGACUCGGCGCUGCGGCGGCUCACUCAAUUGUUGAAAUGACGUUAAUACACAAAUAAAGAUAUGGCUUAUCAUCAGUCACAUGAAGACUGCGAGAGCGCAGAGGAGGAAUUAUCAGGGCCACACUGAAGAUAAAAGAAUGAGAAUAUCAUUUUACAAGCGUAAUCACUAUUUUAUCGUCAGAGAAUUGAGUCAAGUCAUAAAAAGUUGUGGAACUUUUUCCUCAUAUUGACCACUGUCAUAAAUUGGCAAGUUUCAAAUUUAAGAGAAAAAAGAAAUGAAAUUCUGGUAAAUUUACAAAAACUAUAUCGUAAAAUGAUGAGGGGAAAAAUAGAAAUGUAUGCUAGUCAUAAAAUGCUCUUCAUCUAUAAAAAGAACAUACAAUUCCAGGGACCAUUUUUCUAAAUUUAGGAGAAUAAAUUCAUCGAAUUAGAAAUGUCAAUUUACCAAACUAUAGUCUAAUUUAAACAAGGGGAAAGAAAUUCUGAGAAAAAUAUCUAGGCUUACAAGAGCAGUCAUAAAAUUAGUUAAAAAGCUGUAAAUGUAUCAGAUUUGUCAUAAAAGACUAAAAAUGGCAAGGGUAAUUUCAGUACAAAUCAAACGGGACUUGUAAUAUUAUAACUAUUGUCAUAAAGACUUUUUUCAUGUUCUGUGUGACUUGAUUGUUGCGUCGUCGUGACUUAAUUGUCACAAAAAUCGGCAACGUAUGACUUUUAUCACAUUCCGAUGUCCUUCUUGGAAUGUUUCGACUAGUAAUAUACAACUAGGUUUUCUGUUCAGUGUGGUCCUAAUAAUGGUAAAAAUGAUGAUGGUAAUAAUCCUAGUAAGCAUCAUCAGUAUUUUUGUGUGUUAUGAGACAUAUCAUCCCAUUUUAUUUAUAUUGACGUGUACACGUAUGCCUGACUUUGAAUGAAGCCUUCUUUUACUGUCAUUUCAAAUUUCAAUUGCACAAAUGAUUUCCUUGAAUAAUCGCUGCUAUUAGCACUCCAGAGUGGCUCCCUUCGCUUUGUAGUCGCCACUCAAAUUCCAAUAGAAAAUGGAGGACGAAUGAGGCACUUUGUCAAGUGAGUUUUGCAAAGAGGAAAAUGGAAUGUUGAUGCUUGAAUGAUCAGUGGGAACCACAAGCCACCUGAUUAGGCCAUUGAUUGAUUUUUAGCUAAUUGCUAUUCCCCCCCCCCCCCCUCGAAUUGAGGGGAGCAAAAAUUGGUUAAAUAUUGUGAAAUUAGUUGCAAAUUUUUUGGGUGGCAAGUUUGCAAUCCAAGAAGACAUAAUAAAUUGCAGUGCCAUGAGAAGUCAUACAUUUCUCACACUAACAAUUGUAAUUGUAUGACAAUAAAUCAAGAUUAGGAGAAAGAAAUUGCAAAUUGCAUUCACACAUUUUCAAAGGGGGAAAAAAAAAUCAUACUUUAGCAAAAAAACAAAUUCUAUGAAUAAAGCCAUUGUAUGAGGAACAACAGCACAAUUCUAAAAUAACAUUUUCUACAUGAAUAGUCAUAAUGCUACGAGAAGUCCGAAUUUUACCAUUUCAAAAAUGUAAUGUAAUGUGACUAAAAAGAAGUUAAAUAUGUAUGCGAUUAAAGUCAUACUACAAGAAAAACAUGAAUUUGUCCAAGAAUCAAAUUAUAUUUCCAGAGUAAAAGAAAACAUUUUUACAAAUAGUCAUAUGAGUAAAGCAGCAUUAUUACAAGAUUCAAGUUGGAAUAUUGGAGAGAAAAAAAUAUAUAUUUAUAUUACACUCAAAAUGGUGUUUUUAGCUAAGUAAAAUUGGAUUCUUAACACUACUUGGUGUUACUGAAUUGGUGCAGUCCUCAGAAAACAAUUUUGUUAUGAUGCUAAUAAAAUUGGUUCAUUUAAGGUGAUAUUACCGUAGGUUGGUUGGUGGUGCAGGUGCCCGAUGGUUAUGUCAGAAGUGGUUUUAUGAAAUUAGGACUUGAAGGAAAUAAGCGUGUGUGUGUGUGUGUGUUGGGUCUUUGGAAGGAAUUUAAAAAAAAAUAAUAAUAAAAUGGAAUAAGUCAUCAUCAUUAUCACAAUUUGAAGCCAACUCUGCCUUUUAUACCAGGGGUGGGAAACCUAUGGCUUGUGGACCAUAGAGGGCCUGCUCUGCCAUUUAAGAAAAAAUAAAACCUCGUCGGAAAUGUUAGAAAAAGCCCCCAAACAUUUACAUAGUACAUCAUAGAAUAGAAUAGAGUCGCACCAAGAAAUUAAUUGGCAAUUUUAGAGAAAAAUUCAAAUUCACGACAGCAAAUUGUAAUUCUCUGACAAAUUUAUAUUACUGGGGGGGGGGGGUGCUUAUAAUUAAAUUUGUGAUAUUACAACAAAAAAAGUCACAAUUUUACAAGAAAAACGUUAAAAUGUUACGGGAAAAAAACAACGUACAGUUAGUGAUGCACCGAACGGAAAAUUCUUGGCUAUGACUGCUCUGCAUAUUCUUUAAAUGAUGUCAAGAACGUUACGGCAGAAGUUAUUGUAGUAUAUUAUUUAAUUCUGCAUAGUGUUCAAUUGCACAACAUAAUCAUUACUUUAUAAUCGUUAAUUGUGGAUGAAUUAUGGCUUCGAUAUUUAUUUUACUGUAUUUAUUGCAUCAGCCUUGUAAUGGCCGACGCAGUUGCAGCCCGAAUCAAAGUUUCAACGUGCCAUUGUCAAAAAUAUCUGUCUCUAUGGAUUAAUUACUUUACCAAUUCUGUUUUGAAGCCUAGUGAAGAAAGCGAGUCUAUUGAAUCAGAUUAGUCAGAUCUCAAAAGUCAGAAUUAAAACUUAGUACUGUAUUUUGCAAACCAACAAACAUUACUGAAUUGUAUAGUUUAUGCACGGAAAAGAGUUUUUUUUUUCUGUUUUGUGCAAUGUACUUCUUGUACAAUUCUCUUGCAUGCUAUUUUUGUAUUUCCUGUAUUUCUCCUGAAACGAUGCAGAUUUCCCCACUGUGGGAAUAAUAAAGGUUAUCUUAUAAAUAUUAGUUAUAUGCUUUUAACCCUUGUUCUCGGGCGACGUGAACGGAGCUGUUACGUACUCAUUCAUUUCCGGAUUCAGACGGCGUCCUGUGUUUCUGUGUAUUUUCUCUGCAGGCACUUUGCAAUUUGCAGCUAUUUUUUAUGUUCAAAUUUGGUUACGCCCCGUUAUACCGCGGUUCCAGCCAGACUUAUGUCACAUGUGUACUGCAUCACCCAAUCGAGGGCCAAAAUAAUAAUCACGAUUAUUUUUGAUCAAUAUUGUAAUCACGAUUAUUCCUCGUUAGGGAAAAAUCUUGAUUUUUAUUGCACUACUUUUCAACAAACAAUAUUUCAGUGAAAAAUGUUUUUAAAUGAGAAUAAAUGAUGGAUAAUUGACCAUUGGUCAGUCGUGCACGGUCACAAACUGCUAAGAACUCCAUAGUUGUGAUUUCCCUCGCUAUUUACUUCCGGCGAGGUUGUUUUUUUCAUCGCGGUCAGGCCGGCCGAAAAGUUGAAGUCAAUGCAGCCGCUACAACGAUUGUUAACAGUGUCUUACCAUGACACCCACGUCGCCGCCAAUGUGCUGAGACGGUCAACUUGCACUGCUGCAAAUGAAGCACUUUUCACAUGCAGCAACGCCUGCCUUUGAAAUGUAACAAAAUCGCCGAUGAUCAGGCUCAUUUAAUCGUGGCAGCCAAAAUCACAAUGACGAUUCAAAUUUUAAUAAUUCUACAGCCCUAACCCAGUCACUUAUUUGUGUGUUUUGUGACUAUGAGUCACGAUAGCUUAGCAAUUAGCAUGGCAGCCCCAUUUUUCUCCUGUUGCUUCUCGUCUUCCCUUUGUGACAACGAGACUUGGUCACAAGUGUAGCUUGUUCGCUGCCAUGGAGGCAACGAUAGUGACUUAUGCUGCGUUGACGCCGGAAGCGAAGCCGACGUUCACCUCUUUGGCUCGGAAUCGUAGCUAGGGCAACAUGGCGUUUUUGGUUUUUCAUUAACAAUAUAGUUUAUGCAACUGAGCGCUGGCCACCAUUUGCGCUUACGUCAUCACGAUAUCCUGUUUCGGCAACAAGUCCAUUGGUCAAAAACCGAAAAUGCACUUUUGGGCCGUUUUUAGACGCAAAUCUUUGGUGACCACAUUUUCGGUGCAUCUCUAAUCACAAUUAUUGUUAUUUUUAUGAUAACAAAGUGAAAUUCUACGGUCAAGUCAUAUGAGAAAUAAAUCGUAGGAAAAAAAAUUGUGAAUUAAAGUCCUAAAUUUACGAGAAAAAUUAUCACAAUUUGAUGGUAACUCAUUCUUUAAGGAUAGUAAUUUGCGAGUUUAAUAAAAAAGUGUAAAUUAACAUCACAUUACAAGUUUCCGUAUAAUGUUUCAAAGAAAAAAAAAAAUCACAAAUUUAUGAAAAGUGUCAUAAGAUUAAGACUCACAAUUCUGCAAGAAAUAAGUCAGAAUUUCAUGAUGUCCAAUUUUAAUUGUCAUAAUAUUAUAACAUAAGACAUCGUAAAUUAAAGUUGCAAUUUUACAGGAAAAAUGUCUACAUUUUCCAAGAAAGAAAAUCACAAUUUUAUGAGAACAAGUUCACAAGAUUAAGAGAAAAUGUUUACACGUAUGAGUUUUUUUUGUUUUUUUUAAGCCUACUUAGUGUUUCAAUUUUAGGAGAAAGUCAUUUUACGAGAAAAUGGGAAUUCUGUAAGUAAACAAAGUUGUACAUUUACGAGGGUAGUCAAUAUGAGGGAAAAAAAAGUGUACACUAAUGGUGUGGCUUUAUGAGGAAAGGUUUAAAAAAAAAAAAAAAAAAAGUUAUGCGACUAUAAUUUUUAUACUCCGCACAAAAAUGGCCCCUGAAAGGAAAAUGUGUCUUUUGUACAAAUCCAUUUUAUUUUUAACCUUUCAAGUUGACUUUUAACAUCUCACGUCAGCUUGCGGCACUUGAAAUGUUUUGGGGAUUUUAUGCAUGAUGUCGUCAUCACAUUACACAAAAGGCCGCAAUCAGUAACUAGAUGAGGCGCUUCUCAAUCGUUCUACAAACAACAAACUCAUGUCUUGAACAUGAAGCAAAAAUGCAAUUGAAUAGGGCCUCGCACUGCCUUUUUUCUGGCCAUUGCUUGAACUAACCGUGCUCUGCCCACAUAAGGUGUCGUCUAACUUUCGCCUUUGGAGGGGUCAUUUUGGGGGACCCCUAAAAUUCAUACAUUUUCAUAUUGCUUGUAUUUAAGUGUUGUUGUUGUCAACAUAAGCAAUACGUUUUUUUUUUGUUACUAAAGGAUAUGAUUUGACAUGAAAACCGCAGCAGCUCAAACAUUUCAUAUCAACAUGACAAAAGAUUAGCAAUCACGUUUCUUGCUGUGUGUGCAAAUGUGUGUGUAGAUGAAGAGACUAUUGAGCACCGAUGGGUUUUAUUUUUUUUUUUUUUUUGACAAUUUAGUUUUCUGUCACUACGCUGCAAUCCAAAGAGAGAACAUGUAUAUGAAAAUAAGCAUGUUUUUUUAAUUUGUAUCAUUUGAAUAAUAAUGUGAUAAGAAAAUAAAGAAAAAUGAAGUCCGUUUA